AUGGUCCUGUUUCACGAACCAUCUUUUCGGACAGAGUUGCAGCAAAUCCUCUCGACGGGUUAUGUUCGUAAGGAUCGAUCGGCGUUUGUUUAUCUUGCUGUCCUCGUCAUUGGAGUGGGCGCCAGGUAUGCUGCUGGUUCACCGGAUGCCGAAUCAAGUUAUCAGGGUCACGACCUCGAUAGUCUUGGAAGAAAGUUGAUUCGAUGCAUUGAGCUCAAACUCUUGGAAAUCUUUGAUGAAUCUGGUAUCGAGGCUGUACAGAUUGCCAUAGUCAUGUCGUCAUAUCACCUCUACCAUGGGCUGCCAAAACGCAGCUUUGCCACGUUGGGGAGCGCACUGAAGGUGGCACUGUCCAUAGGCCUUCAUAAGGAAUCGAGUUGGAGGAUGUCCGAUCACGUUGUAAAAGAGGUCUGGCGAAGAUUGUGGUGGGCUUUAUAUACGGCCGAGGUGUUUGGCGCCAUCAGUUAUGGAACACCCUGUCUCAUGCAGGAUAAUGAAUGGGAUGUGGCCAUGCCUGCAAAUAUCGAAGACGUGGCUCUCACUUGCCCGGGAUUUGACUCCCAAGAGACGUACGAAGGUGUUACUGUAGGGCCUGUCACUAUUUUCUCCUAUCAGCGCUUCAAAUUUCGGCUCUAUCGCAUCGCAUCUGCGAUCACGCGGAAUAUCUAUCUUAGGAGUGGAGUAACACUGAAAGACAUUGUUCGAGAAAUCAAAUGCAUCAAUCAACGGCUCACCCGCUGGGAAAAGUGUAUUCCUCCCGAGCUACGGCCUGAAUCCCUCAAAUCACUACCUACCAAUGAGCGAUGCCGAGAGACAACGAAGGUGUUUCAACUCCAGGCCCUGGUUCUGCAGCUGUCCUACGACAACAUUCAGUUGGUCUUACACCGACCUUUGUUAACGAUGAACCAGGUGCCUAGAUGGCCACUGAUAGUUGGCAUUCCCUCUCGGAAUACCGCUGAUGAAGGCCUGAAUGAAUGUGCCGACGAAGUGAAUGACAUGAUAAAGUCAAGUAAGUGUCAGUGCUGGAUAUCAUCACUGAGAACAUCGACGAUAGGGGACUAUCCGGACCAUUUAGUGGCUUCAAGAAGUACACACGGUGCCGCAUAUACUGGGAUCCAAUCCUUUACCGCUGGCGUUGUCCUUGGAAUAUUUGCUCUAUCUGAUCCGCUAUCUGAUCAAGCACAUCAGGCGAAGCGCGCCUUGAGCAAAAUCAUUAAACUUCCCAAAUUGCACCAAUAUCGAACGACUGUGUCAGAUCAAUGCGGUCAGAUUCUAGAAGAGCUUCUUCGUCUGAUCCUGGCCGAGGAAAUGAAAGCACUUCUUGUAGACACUGGUGGGCCAUUCAACAGUGGUCGAACCUCGGCAAAUAAUAAUAUUGCUGGCUCAGCAAACGUAUCUGGUACUGACACAACCUACGACAGGAACCAGUGCUCGGGCGCCCUCAGCGACUUGAAUCAAAAUCGCUCUCAGUCGUUAUCACAGGGCUCGGAGCUUGACAUGGAUACCGAUUUCUUUCCGCUUCAGUCUCUUCUUCCAUCAGACAUUCAUGACGGGAAUUUCAGUGAUGCUCUUUUAUCCUUGCAGGAUGUGUUCCGAGAUGGCAAAGGUAAUGCAACCCCUGCAUACGUUUCAAGGAGUCAGCUAUCUACCAGGACAACACCCACGGUCACAAACAUGCAAUUACCACUCUCGCAAGUACCGGGAAACGCACCUCCUCGAACUACCAAGCCCUUUGACAUCACUACGCAAGCCUGGAUUUGGGAUGACUUGCUCUGGCUCCCGGAUGCUUCCUAA